CAAACACCGCGCUGAGGCGCCAGGAUCUCCGGGAAACCCCCACCAUGGAGUCGGUGUUGAGGCCGGCGGCUCUUCUGCUCACACUCUGGUGCUGCUGCAGUGCUCAACUCAUUUCCAGCAUUAGUCCACGUCGUGGAAGCACCAACGGAGGAACACGACUCACAAUCACAGGAUCAGGUUUUUCCCAGGAGGGACAGUUCCAGCUGAAUCCCAAAGACGACACCUACGGGAACCAUGUGACGCUGGUGUCGGGUACCUUGUCCAUCCCCUGCGAUGUGGAGAAAGACUCCACACACGGCAACCAGAUCAUGUGUUACACCAGGGCGUCACCCCAAGCUUGGUAUGUGGUCCAUGUCACGGUGGAUGGGGUGGCCAUUCCCGACAGCAAAAUAUGCGGGGGACGUCACAACCAUUGCAAUUUUUAUUCCGUUUGGUGGCGCACCCCCAGCAUCACUUCUGUUACUCCGGUCAGCGGCCCCCCAGGCACAAUUUUGUCAGUGCGUGGCCGGAUCUUCACCGACGUGUAUGGAAGCAACACGGCUGUGAGCACAAAUGGCCUCAAUGUCAGAUUUGUGAGGUCCUAUAUCGGAGGAAUGCCGUGUGAGAUGCUGAAACCACAGUCAGAUGAACUAUAUAACCUGCGACUGGAUUCAGAAACCUCCUGGAACGGACUCAUGAGCUGCAGAAUGACAGGAACAUAUGUUGGGCAUCACAACUUGAGCUACAUUCUGGAUUCUGAAUUUGGAAGGAGUUUGCCCGAUUUGAGUCUGUAUAAGGUUUCAUCUGUGGAUAAACUUUCCAUGGUCCAGACCUACGCAGAGGUGACAGGAGUCUCUCCAUCCGAUGGCAGCGUCAUGGGCGGAACCCUGCUGACCGUCCACGGACGCUUCUUCGACCAAACCGAUCAGCCGGCGCGAGUUCUCGUUGGAGGUCUGCCUUGUGAAAUCAAGAUGGUGUCCGAUGACAGAAUCAUGUGCAGAACUGCCGAGCACCAGAUGAACAACAGGAGCGUCUUCCCAGGUGGGGACAUCCGAGGUUUCAAGCUGGAAGUGUGGAACAACACUAGAACCAGUGUCUUGACCGACAUCUGGACCUACAACGAGAACACGACGGGAUACUGGUCCCAGUGGAUCGACUCCUUGCAGCAUGGCUUCCCAUCUGCGUUCAACUUCUGCUCACGACUCAGAGGCGUCAUUGUCCCUCCAGCCACCGGUAACUUCAAGAUAACCAUGCAGUGUGACGACUCAUGUGAACUCUACUUCAGCAACUCCGAUCGCCCUGAAGACAAAGUCAAGUUAAUGACCCAGCCACGUUAUACCACUCAAAACUCUGUGUCUCAAGUGAUGGUUCUCGAGAAAGGAAAACCCUACUACAUCGAAGUAUUACACCAGCAGUACGGCGGCGCAGCAGGUUUGAAUAUCGGCUUGAUCAGUGAGAAGUCCUCUUAUACACAAUACCAGACCAACGAUGCUCUCAACGAGAUCCAGCUCAUCGUGGGUCGAUAUGACGUGUUCGACGAGGAGCAGCUGGUUUCCUUUGACUCGUGGCCGAACAGCACUGCUUCAGUCAAAGAGGUUCAGAACGUGAGCGUCAGCAGCAGCUGUGACUCUAACCUCUGUGGCAGUGUCUUCUUCAGCCUGGGCUACGGCAACGCCAAGACCGCUCCAAUCCCCGUCAGCGCCUCAGCAGAUGUGGUGGAAAAAGCCUUGAACAGCCUCUGGUCCAUCAAACCUGACACGGUUCAGGUCACCAAGCAGGACUCCAGCCAAAGAUCCGACUACCUAGUCACAUUCAAUUCAGACAGAGGUGAUUUCAAACCUCUUCACCAUGAGGUGUUUGGCUCGGACACCAACGUCUCGGUUGGGGAGGUCACCAAGGGGAGAAGCAACAUGGAGACGUUCACUCUGCUCUGGGGGGGAGUCCCAACUAAACCCAUCGCCUAUAACGCAACUGAGGCUCAGGUGCAGUCGGCUCUGGAGGACAUGAUGCAGGCCGAGUGUCCCGCUGAGCUCCUGACCACCGAGGGCAGCGAUGUGAAAUACUUCAAAGAUUUUGAAGGCGACAACUCUCAGUUUGAUUCUGCUGCGGAGGGGACUCCAGUGAAAUACUCUGGUUUCUGUGGCCUGUGGUCACUGAAGAACGCCCAGGUCCUUUUCAAGGAGAGCUACACUCAAGAGUCCGGUAAACAAUAUGGACAAAUCUCACUGGACUCAUAUUCCACGCUUUGUUUCGCCUAUAAAGGAAUGUUGAAGGAAGAGGUUGGAAUUAAAUUCUCCUAUCGCAACAGUCAAGGCAAAACCACAACACAGACCUCGAAGAUCAGCACAGUCUUCACCAAAAGCCAAAAAUGGAGUUAUAAAUGCAUGGACCUGCUGAGUUCUGUGCAGACAGAAUACAUCGGCAGCCGGUACAACCUGCUGGAGCUCUACCUCUACCAAGACGUCUCCGGGUCGGACUUCUACGUGGACGCCGUUCACAUCGGAAAGACGCCGACCACAAGGGAUGAGAAUGUCGUGACCCUCAUGAGGAGGCCUCCACCGUUUGAGCACGUGGGACGUUUCUUCGAUGAGAUCUCUGUGACCAGAGACUCCGCUGGUUCACAGAUUAGCUACAGGAUUAAAGCCACGCCUGUGGAUUGUGCUUUUGAUUUCCAGAUGAUAGAAGUCGGCUUCCUGCAGAUGUCUAACAGCAGCGAGAACAUGGCCGUGUUCAGGGAAGGAGCCGCCAUCGUCACCGUCACUCGGCUGCACGCCGCCUCGCCUCCGCUGACCGGCACAUUCGAUGUGGAGAUCUAUGGAGGAAGAGCUGAAGGUCUGUCUGUGGACAUCAGCGACAAGGACCUGAAGUACGCUCUGGAGGGAAUCGCAGGGAUGGGACAGGUCAGCGUCUGGUCCCAGGGAACCUGCCGACAGCCCAAGUGGAAGGUCGAGUGGCUCACUAACCCUGGAGGCCAGCCUUUGAUCCAGAUCAACAGCUCCUCAGUUGUGGGAGGAAACGCAGUUGUUAGCGCUCAACAGAGGAGAAUGGGAGGACUGUAUAUUUACAAACUGGGAGGAGACUUCUUCCGUGUCUUGGAACUUAAACCACAGGUGGAGGUUUCCAUCAACGGCAUUCCCUCAAAGUGUGCUGGGGACUGUGGGUUUGAAUGGUCCGAGGGGAAGACUCCAGUGGUGACUGGGAUCAGCCCAUCUCAAGGAUCUAACGGACUGGGGACUCUUCUGACUGUUACUGGGACGGGCUUCGCCAACGAAAACGCCUCCAUCAUGGUGGGACAGGUCAGGUGCCAUGUUGAGCAGACCACAUCGACCUCUCAGGUGUGCAGGCUGGGCCGUGCCAGCGCUGGAACCUACCCAGUGUCUGUCACCUUCCCCUCACUGGGAAACACACGCUACGCGUCCGGCAACACCAGCUACUUCACCUACCAGCUCAUCGUGUCCUCCUUCUCCCCUCUGUCGGGGAGUCUGGGAGGGGGGACUCUGCUGACGGUGAAAGGCUUCGGCUUCAGUCCGAACACCAGUGUGACUCUCGGCAGUGUCGAGUGCCUGCUGGUUUACACCAGUGACACUGAGCUGAGAUGCAGAACACCAGCAGGUCUUAAUGGAUCACAGACGGUGACAGUGACGGUGGGGAACAUGAGUGAGACGGCCGACAGCUCCUUCACCUACGACCUGCUGCUCACGCCUGGUGUCACCGACCUGAGUCUGUUCACCUCCACAGUGUUCGAACGCCGCCUUCUCACACUCCAGGGUAACUUCCUGGGAGACGGCGGUAAUGCCAGCGCCGUGUACGUGGGCGGAAAGGAGUGUGUCCCCGUGCACUGGGUGGAAAAUAACAUCAGCUGUCACCUGCCUGUGCUGCCGCCUGGUCUGUACAAGGUGGACGUGCAGGUCAAGAAUGUCGGAUAUGCAAAGAUGAGAAACGGUUUGAAUGGCACCAUUGAAUACAUCCUGGAGGUCUACAGCAUCUUCCCCCUGUUGGGCUCCUUAAUGGGAGGGACCCGGCUCACCGUCUCUGGUUCUGGUUUCAGUAACAACACGUCCGACAACAAGGUCUCUAUCGGAGAAGCUGUGUGCGACGUGAAGGUCGCCUCCGCCAACGAGCUGCAGUGUGUGAUGCAGUCAGAGGAGAAGAGCCACACCGUCACCAAUCAGGGAUCCCACAGAACUUAUGGACAGGGAUACGCAUGGAGUCCCGCCUCAGUCACAGUGCAGGUCGGGGACACGGUGAUGUGGCGUUGGGAGGCACCGGCCUUCCAGAAUGUGGGAUACAGGGUCUUCAGCGUUUCCAGCCCCAGUGGCACCACAUACGAAGGAGGAGCAUUCACCAGCGGAGACACCAAAACCAGCAAAGGGCACUUUAGCUACCGCUUCACCGCCCCCGGCGUGUAUUACUACAGCAGCGGUUACAUCGACGGAGCCAACGCCAAGCUGCUGCAGGGGGUCGUGAAGGUCGAGGCCCGGCAGCAGAAGAUCAGCAAGGUGUCCGUCACAGUGGAAGGGAUCGAGGCCAGACACGUGACGGGAGGUUCCCGUCGUGUUGCCAGAGAUGCCCCUCAGUGUGUGGCCAGCCCGCAGUGCCCCAGCGCCAAUCAGACUUCAGACGGCCUUUCCUUCGGCACCUCCAGCUGCUCCACCCCCACAGUCACCUCCAUCUCCCCAAACCAGGGCACCUAUCACCAGGUCAUCCACAUCCAGGGCAGCGGCCUCAGCGACACCGCCUGCGCUAACGAGGUGACGGUGGGGGAUCAGCCCUGUCAGGUGAUCAACAGCUCUCAGUCGGAGAUCUUCUGCCGGCUCAGCCCCGGCAGCGAGCUCGCCGUCGGUGUCGCCCUCCCCGUGUCGGUCCGAGUCAACAACCUGGGCUCUGCCAUCGUGGCUGUGGCCAAUGAGCUCGCCCGCCGCUUCGUGGUCCUGCCCACGGUCGACUCCCUCUCCCCCCCGCUCGGCAGCACCACGGGCCACACCAGACUCUCCAUCCACGGCUCCGGCUUCUCCGCGGGUCAGGUGACCGCAGCCGGCAAGGCUUGUGUGUUUGUGUCGGUCAACUACACUUGUAUCGUGUGCGACACUUCUCCCUCUCAGCCGCACACCGGUGACGUCACCUUCCAGACGGGCAGGAUCCAAAGCUCCUGUCACUCAAACUGCUCCUUCAUGUACUCCUCCUCCAUCACUCCCACCGUCACCGGCGUCUCCCCCGACGCCAUCAGUGGACUCACGGCUGUGAACGUCUCCGGCUCAGGGUUCGGCAGCCGCGUGGACGAUGUGGUGGUUUUCGCCGGCAGCAUCGAACUGGCAGUCACCGCCGUGUCAGACGCCAACGUGUCGGUACGAGUGGACGCUCUCCCCGCAGGCAGCCACCCGGUCAAAGUCAUCGUGAGGAGCAAAGGCCUUGCUUCCGGUCAGCCCACCCUGAGCAGCCGGGCCCAGGCCGCCCUGAGCCCCAGCCUGGGCAGCACGGCAGGAGGAACUCGUCUGGUCCUCACGGGGAACGGCUUCGCUCCGGGGAACACCAGCGUGACGGUCGGGGGACAGGUCUGUGAGAUUCAGGAGGCGACGCCGGGGCUCCUCCGCUGCCUGACGCCUCCUCACAGCGAGGGCCAGGUGGCCGUCAGCAUCCGGGUCCUCUCUGUGGAGUAUCCUCCGCUCAGCUUCAUGUACUCCUCAAACCACACUCCCAGCAUCAGCUCCAUCAGCCCCACCACCGGGCCGAGCGGUUCAGUCGUCACUCUGACAGGAUCAGGAUUUGGAAACGACUCUCAGCUCAUCUCCGUCACCAUCAACCACGAGGCCUGCAAUGUGUCCGCGGCCUCCGACACACAGGUCCAGUGCACCGCGGGGGACAACCCCGGGGGGACGUACGGGGUCAUGCUGAAUCACCGGGUCAAAGGUCACGCCCUGUCAGGGGUCACGUUCACGUACGAGCUGACUCUCAGCGGCGUGCAGCCCGACCGGGGCAGUUACGGUGGCGGAGCUCUGCUGAGCAUCCAGGGCUCCGGCUUCGACCCGCACAACUCCACCGUGACCGUCUGCGGGGGGGAGUGUGAAGUCGACAGAGACAUGUCCACGUCCACACGUCUCUACUGCCAGUCUCCAUCCAACAACAGCACACAGUCAGAGCUGAGCUGCGUGGUGGCUGUGAUUAACCAGCUGGACGCCGUCAACAUGUCAAACGGCUUCACCUACAAAUCUCAGCUGACGCCAGGCAUCACCGAGGUUUCUCCGAGGAGAGGAGGCACGGCCGGCGGCACGCGGCUCACAAUCACCGGCUCCGGUUUCAGCACAAACGUGAAUGAAGUGAACGUGACCAUCGCCGGCUCCGUGUGCGACGUCCAGUCCGUGAACAACACACACAUCGUCUGUGUGAGCGGCGCCCAGCGGCAGUCGCAGGAAACCAAAGUCCGAGUCAGCGUCGGAGACCGAGGCAUCGCCAAGACGGACAACGCAGACUUCUUCUACAUCGACGUGUGGUCGUCCAGGUUCACGUGGGGGGGGCUGUCUCCUCCAGAGAGGGGCACGUUCGCCGUCAUUACCAAAGGCCAGACCAUCCUCCUGGACUCCAGCACCCCCGUGCUCAAGAUGCUUCUUAUCAAAGGAGGAACGUUGGUGUUUGACGAAGCGGACAUCGAGCUGCAGGCAGAGAACAUCCUCAUCACAGAGGGAGGACGUCUGCAGGUUGGAACGGAGGAAGAGCCUUUCCAGCAUCAAGCCAUCAUCACGCUGCAUGGGAACCUGCGCUCACCUGAACUUCCUGUUUACGGAACCAAGACGCUGGCUGUCAGAGAGGGGGUGCUCGACCUCCACGGUAUCCCUGUUCCCCUCACCUGGACCCACUUGGCCCAGACUGCGGCCGGCGGAUCCAACACGCUGACCCUGAUGAAGGCGGUGACCUGGAAAGCUGGAGCCAAGAUCGUCAUCGCGUCAACCGGGGACAGGCACAGUCAGAGAGAAAACGAGGUGAGACACAUCGCCUCAGUGUCCGCUGACCAGAAGACUCUGACCCUGACCGAGCCGCUGCAGUACACUCACCUCGGGGUGAGCGUCACGCUGCCGGACGGCACGGUGUUCGAUGCCCGAGCGGAGGUGGGUCUCCUCACCAGGAACGUGGUGGUGCGAGGGGCUGAGCACGAGGAGUGGAAGGACAAGAUCGAAGCCUGUCCUGACGGCUUCAACACAGGUGAGUUCGCCACUCAGACCUGUUUCCAGGGCCGGUUCGGGGAGGAGGUGGGCAGCGACCAGUUCGGAGGCUGCAUCAUGUUCCACGCACCCCGACCCAAUGAGAACCUUGUGAUUGGCCGAAUCGAACAUGUUCAGAUCUACAACGCAGGCCAGGCCUUCAGGCUGGGCCGCUACCCCAUCCACUGGCAUCUGAUGGGAAACGUGGACUACAAGUCGUAUGUGAGGGGCUGUGCGAUCCAUCAGACUUUCAACCGAGCCGUCACCAUCCACAACACGCACCGGCUGCUGGUGGAGCGCAACGUCAUCUACGACAUCAUGGGCGGGGCCUUCUUCAUCGAGGACGGCAUCGAGACGGAGAACAUCCUGCAGUACAACCUGGCCGUGUUCGUGAAGCAGAGCACCAGCCUGCUGAACGACGACGUCACCCCCGCCGCCUACUGGGUCACCAACCCCAACAACAUCGUCCGCCACAACGCUGCGGCCGGCGGCACCCACUUCGGGUUCUGGUACCGCAUGCACACCCACCCUGACGGCCCGUCCUACGACCCAAACGUCUGCCAGAAGAAGGUUCCCCUCGGGGAGUUCUUCAACAACACCGUGCACUCUCAGGGCUGGUUCGGCAUCUGGAUCUUCGCCGACUACUUCCCCAUGAAAGGGGGCGGCUGCCGCUCCAGCACCCCCGAACCUGCAGUCUUCAAGUCCCUCACCACCUGGAACUGUGAGAAGGGAGCCGAGUGGGUCAACGUGGGCGCCGUGCAGUUCAGCAACUUCCUCAUGGUGAACAACGAGAAGGCCGGCAUCGAAGCCAAACGGAUCAUCGCAGGGACCGUGUCUGGCUUUGGAGAGGACGGGGGGGCGACAGUGUCCAACAGCACCAUUGUGGGCCAUGUAGAUGAGCUCGGACUGGGAAGCAGUUACUGCUCGCGCCGCGGCGUCAUCCCGCCCUUUGACGACGGCAUGAGUGUCCUCAACACCAAGUUCAUCAACUUCGACCGCAGCUCCUGUGCCGCCAUCGGAGUCACCACCAUCGACGGGACCUGCAGCACCGGCUGCGGCGGCUGGGGCGUCAGGUUUCAAGGCAUCGGAUUUCAUAACUCCCCCAACAAGGCCAGCUUCAGGUGGGAGCACGAGGUGCAGCUGCAGGACAUGGACGGCUCCCUCACAGGAACCAUCGACCAGACAGUCGUUGCCAUGAGCCCCUUGCUGGACCCCGCCCACUGCUCCCAGAGCGCCGAGUGGAGCCUGGGCUUCCCCGGGGCCGUGUGCGACCACACCGUCCACUUCCACCGCUUGGCAUUCAACAACCCCACGCCCAGCUCUCUGCAGGCCAAGGACGCCGUCUUCACCAACGCACACGGCACCAGUAUGGUCCCCUACCUGAAGAAGAGAAUGACUCAUAAGCUCGGCUGGAUGGCUCUGCUGCCCUCCCGGCAAACCUACAACUUCUUCUUCGAUAACAUGGACCAGAUCACCAACAUCACGUACCAGUCCAAAUUCUACGGCUUCAAGUCUGAUCAGUAUCUGAUCAUCAACCACAACUUCACCCAGAGUCCGGACAGCUUCCACAUCAUCGACCGGAGGAACGGGUCGGCGGCGCCGCUGAGCUUCAGCAACAACGAAAACGGAGACUGGUACUUCGACGACAGCUCCAACAACCUCUACUACAUGGUGUCCGGGAAGACGAGCGAUCGCCGGCGUCGUGCCAGCGCUGACCCCUCCAUGCGCGAUGUGGCGGUCAACUUCGCCGUCUACCGCUGCUUCUACCCCAACUGCAUCACACCGACCCCCCCGCCUCCGGCCACACUGGCCCCCCUGCCCACCGGGCGCCCGGCCGACUUCAUUCUCUGGUCAAAAGCCUCCUUCUGGACAAGUUCAGCUGAAAAUAACUUCACUGCACCAGCAGAUGGCGCUGAUGUGGUCAUCCCAGCAGGGAAGUGGGUGGUUCUGGACAGCGACACUCCGAAGCUCAACAAGCUGACGGUCAUCGGGGUUCUGGAGAUCCCCGACAGCGGCAACAGCUCCUCCACCAGAACCGCUCGAUCUGCACCGGUGUACAGCUCCGUGGUGAUCGACGCCGUCUACAUCUCCAUCCAGGGCGGACGGCUGAUCGCCGGCUGGGAUGACAAACCGUUCAGAGGGGAGCUGCUCAUCAAGCUGAGAGGGGACCACCGCACUCCGGACUGGCCUCUGCCCAACGGACCCAACCAGGGCUCCAAAGUCCUGGGUGUGUUUGGAACACUGGAGCUUUAUGGACAACCUCACGAUGUCUACCACACAAAACUCGCUGCCACCGCGUCGGCUGGAUCCAACACGCUGACGCUGUCGCAGGCCGUCGACUGGCAGGUCGGAGACGAGGUUCUCAUCUCCACCACCAGCUACAGCGCCUGGGAGACGGAGAAACGCUUCAUCGGAGCCGUGUCGGCAGACGGACGCACCCUGACCCUGAACAGCUCCUUGACCCACACUCACAUCGGUGAGACUCACUCUGUCUCAGGAACAUCUCGCUCCUACACGCUGGCUGCUGACGUCGGCCUCCUGACCAGAAACAUCAAGAUCCUGGGUCAGGAGUACCCGGACAUGAUGAAGGACUCGUUCGGAGCCAGACUGCUGGUUGGGACUUACUCCUGGGCUGGAAUCGACUAUAAAGGCAAAGCUCAGAUCAGGAAUGUAGAGUUCUUCCGCUCGGGUCAGGAAGGCUGGAUCGACUUCACCGACCCUCGCUACUCUGUGUCCUUCCUGAACCUGGGGAAGGUUACAGGAAACGAGUCGUACAUUCAGGGUUGUGCGUUCCACGACGGCUUCUCUCCGGCCAUCGGAGUCUUUGGGACAGAAGAGAUGAACGUAGACGAUAACAUCGUCCACCACACAGUCGGAGAAGGAAUCAGAAUCUGGGGCAACAAGAUAAAAGUGAGGAGGAACCUGGUGACCAUGUCGCUGUGGCCCGGGUCCUACCAGGACCGAGAGGAGCCCUACAACUACGAGUGGAGCGCCGCCAUCGAGGUCAACAAGGGGACAAACGUGGUGCUGCAGCACAACAUCGUGGCCGGUUAUGAGAGGGUGGCGUACCGCAUCGACGGGGAGCCAUGUCCAGGAAGCGUGAAUGACAACGAGCAGUGGCUUCACAACGAGGCUCACGGCGGUUUGUACGGAGUUUAUCUGAACAGGGACGGUCUGCCCGGCUGCAGCUUCAUCCAGGGCUUCUUCGUCUGGAGGAGCUUCGACUACGCCAUCUACUUCCAGACCAUGAUGGACAUCGUUAUUUCCAACGUGACCCUGGUGGACAACGGGAUGGGCAUCUUCGCGAUCAUCUUCGCCCCCCCCUCCGUCUCCCACGCGUACGCCGAUAAAACGGCUCAAAUCCAGAAUGCCCUGAUUGUCGGGAGCAGCCCGAACUUCAACUGCUCGGACACUUUGCCCAGCGACCCCAGUGACUACAACAUCGCCAACAGUGGUCCCCAUCGGGCUCCCCGGCCUCUGAACGGUGGAAGAUCUGGAGUCUGCUGGCCAACGUUUGCAUCUAGUCACAACACAGCUCCAUUGAAGCCGCACAACAAGAACAACAACUACAACGCCAUCAAAGGCCUGAUGACGGUCAAAGACACCAUGUUCGUCAACUUCCGAAACGUCUGCUCCGGCCAGACCAACGUCAUGUUCAUGACCAGCCCGACCAGCGAGGACCUGCAGCACCCGGUGCAGGUGUCCGGCAUCCAGAUGGUGGACAGCACGGAGAACGCCAAGGUCUUCAUUCACAGGGCGGAUGUCGGCAAAGUGAACCCCUCUGACUGUGUGGACAUGGAGUGUGAUGCCAAGAAGAAGAGCAUGCUGAAGGACCUGGACGGCUCCUUCCUGGGGAUGGUGGGAGCCGUGGUGCCUCACUCCGAGUUUGCGUGGGGGGGGGAUGCCCGAAGAGGACUGGGUGACUACCGCAUCCCCAAAGUCAUGCUCACUAACCCCGACGGCAGCCGCAUCCCCGUGAACCAGAUCGCUCCACACAAAGGUGUGAUCAGGAAAGACUGUGUGUACAUGAGCACGUGGCAGAGCUACAAGUGUUCGGGGCUGAACUACAGGAUGCUGGUGAUCGAGAGUCUGGACGCCGACACAGAGACCAGACGUCUGUCCCCCGUCGCCGUGCUCGGAGACGGCUACCUGGAUCUCCUCAACGGCCCUCAGGAUCAGGGCUGGUGCUCUGGCUACACCUGCCAGAAGAGAGUGUCGCUCUUCCACAGCAUCGUGGCCACCGGUCACUCCUUCGACGUCUUCUUCUCCAGCGUCAGCCCCCAGAAGCUCCGCCUCAUGAUGCUCAACGCUGAUCCAUCCGAGAGCGUCCUGGUGUCAGUGUUCUACUCCAGUCCUCAGCGGUUGGAUGUGUACGUGGACAACAAGCUCGUUCCUCCGACUAACGCCAAGUGGAACUCUGAGAACACCGACUACACCCUGAUGAAGCCCAUCUCCGCAGGUCAAUACGUCCCUCAGCUCAACGCCACCGAAGGCUCCAACUACUUUGACACAGAAUACAAGAUGCUGAAGGUCGUCGUGAAAGGCUCCAAGCCGGUGGAGAUCCGAACGUCCCCGGUUCUCUUCCUGUCCUUCGACAUGCCCGCCGUGACAACCGACGAGUUCUUCGGAGAGAACCUGAUCCAGAACCUCGCCACCUUCCUCAAGGUUCCUGCCAACAUGAUCCGGAUCACAAACAUCAUCCGAGAGGACAGCCGGCGCAGGAAGAGGUCGACGGGCAUGAAGGUGGAGGUGGAGAUCAAGAAACCUCCCGUGCAGCAAACCAGUAACACCACCAACGAUGAUGCAGACUUCGAGCUGUUGAAGAACAUCGCAGAUGAUCUCGGCCAAGCAGCAGUUUCAGGAAACCUCAGUCGGUCCAUCGGCUUCAACGUCUCCUCGCUGGGCGUCAUCGCACCUCCCCCCCCAUCAUCCGACCCUGAAUGGAACAAGGAGGCCACGGUGGAGGUGACGAGGGAGGAGCCUGUGGUGAGUUACGUGUCCAGCGUCCACGACCUGCUCCUGAUGAUGAACCCCAUCGCCGGCCAGUUUGUGGGUCCUCUGCUGCAGCAGCCCAGUCUGAUGGCCGUGGACGAGCAGGGAAACUGUAUCUCUGUGGGGGUGACCAGUCUCACCGUCACCGCCAGUCUGAAGAACGCCAGUGGACACUGGGUGGACGGACUGGAAGGGAACUCCACCAUCCGGUUCAGCACCUGCUGGGCCAACUUCACCGACCUGGCCAUCGUCAACGGGGGCGAGAACCUGACGAUGGUCUUCACUCUGAAGGAGUGGGGCGCCCAGUCGCGUUCCUUCACUGUCAGAGACACUCCCACCAUUCCCCCCCCGACCACCGGCAACAACGUCACCACGACAGCCGUGCAGCCGACCACCGACGGCAGCAUCUUCGGCUCCGGCAACGCCAUCACCCCGAGCCGACUGUGCGUGCUCAGCAUCAUCUACGCCGUGGCGUGCUGCUCCGAUGGGAUCCCCAUAUGUAACACGGGUAACACAUGGGUUCCAUGAAGGAUUUCCUGUGCUUCUAAUCACUUUAACAGGAAUCAUUUUUCUUUCUCAUUAAACAAAAUGGCGGGUAUUGGGGUAACUCAGAGCCCAGUAGGAAAUAAUCACAUGAUCAACCACUGUGACCUUGAGUUAACCUGUUAAAUUUAGGGGGAGACAAGCCGAUAUGAAGAAUCUAUAUUUUGAAUCUGUGCCUUACAAUCCUCCUUCCAUUAUGUGAUUUCUCUUCAGUAUAUGUGAGUGUGUGUUUAAUGUGUCAAAGAAAAGGUGGAAGAUCUAUAUAACGUUCCUCUUUAAAACAAGUGCAAUAGUUCCUAACUCGAGUCACGAACAAGCUGAAGGAAGACGUGAAGUCUGCAUUUUGUUUACGAUUUGUUGUACAC